CUCCCCGUCCCCCCGCCCGCCUGCCCUAAGGGACCCGGGCAACCAGGGAUGCGUCCCUAACAACGCGCCCAGAAGAGCUACUGUUGCCCUCAGUGCAUUGCUGGUGUCUCUCCCACUACAACAAGAGGCCACUGUGGUUCCUCCGGUUCUCCAGAGCCUACGUGGCGAGCGCUCAUGGAGGAAUGGAUGAAGAGGACGUCUGAAUGUUUAAUCUGCCUCCCAAGCUCAGUUCCCAAAUUGGAUUCAAAUGUGAGCUAACAGCCUGCUCCUAGGGCUCAUCCACCUUGCCCUGUUUGUGAAAAUUCCUUCCACGUGCUGCUCUGAUGCAAAGUUGGGCUUCCGAGGCUGACAGUGUUACCAUAUGCCUGCAAUCAGUGGGAAAGCUGAGAGGCAGACUGCAUGGGCUACAUAGUGAAUUCUAUCUCAGCCAGAGCUUUAUACCAAGACCUUGCCUCAAAAAGAAACAUGACAAAGCAAAACAACAACAAAGUGGUCUAGCAGGACCAGGACUGGCACUGUAGGCAACUGAGUAGCAGAGUAUUUCAGAAACAGAAGGGUCAGCAGGUCAGGCUUCCCCAUCUGCUUUGGGGAUGAGGAUCCCACAACCCAUAAGUGGACGCAGGAGAGCAAGGCUUGCUCUGUAGUGUGGAUUUGAGACUCCUAGCAGUGAGUCUCCCCUGUUUGCUUACGCAAUCCCCAACCCUCACACACAACCCCCAACCCUCACACACAGGUUCUUGAAGAAUGGCGGGCUGGGAGAACAGCACCAGACCUUGUGAGCAUUCUAACAGUGCUCAUUUAUAGUAAACCUUCACAAAGGUUCAACAGGACUGCCACUCUGCUUACUGGCAGUGACCUUUAAGGUGAGCAUAGAGGGUAAGGGGUUAGGAAUCUCCAGGGGAGAUGUGACAGGAGACCCUGCAGAAGCACAGUAAUUAUUCAGCAUGUAUCCACAGCAUGCUAGAUACUUCAUGCUGCCUUGCCUUUUGCUUCAUUAAUCUACCAGGGAAUCCUGAUUUAAAUAAAUGUAGUGACAACUCCUUGCAGCUGGGUGCUGCCUCUAAUCCCAGCAUUCUGGAGGCAGAGAGGUGGAACUCUGAGUUUGAGGCCAGCCUGAUCUACAGAGCAAGUCCCAGGACAGCCAGAGCUACACAGAAGAAACCCUAUCUUGAAAAAUCAAACAAAAUACAACAACCCCACUUAGCAAAAAGGGCAAGAACAGAAGAUUCGCCUGGGGGUAGUAUAGAUAGGAGUUUUGUUUGGCACUGAUCAACAGAACAGCUUGGUUUCCCAAUACGGGAUUGCAGAGAUGAACAGUUUGAGAGCACAGGCUGGAAACUCCCUAGGCUCCCCCAAAGACCCACCCUGCUCUGGGCUUUUCCUGCAGAAUUAAAGUUACAAUAUUCAGAAAAGAGCCUUUUCUUCACAUCUACAGCUUGGGAACGUCUCAGCGCCAAGCAGUACAGUUCAGAAGCCCAGACACAUGGCAUCAGAGUCCUGCAGAAUCCCAGCGCAAACAUCAGUACCCACAAACCAACCAGUCAGAGUUGGCCUCGCUUAAAGCCACUUGGUUGUCUAAGUAAACUACCUCAGUCCACAGCAUCAGGAUGCUUGAAAGGCUUGGGUUACCAGUGCAGCAACACUUCCUGAAUAAACAUUGAAGCGUUUGAAAGUGAAAUGAAUACUUAGUAUCAAAUGUGUACACAGGACUUUGCCUUGGAACAACUUAGUGUAGAGGAGAGCGGCCCAAACACAGAGACUAUGGACAACCUGGUGACUUGUUGGGGUGUGGUUAUAGGUGGUCAUGAGAUGCCAGUCUCCCCGCUCUGUGCUUGAGAAGAUCCUGACCGACAUGCAAAGGUAAAACACACGCUGGCCUCAAAAGUUACCCGGUAUCGGUAAGCACCUAGGAGAUCUUGACAGGGGCCUGGCUCUAGCAUGUAUUCAUCUCUAAGAUGAAAAUCACCACUAGACAAAACUGUUCCAGCUAUUGACUGUGUCGAAGGAACUCCAAAGCACGGUAAUAAUACAGUGACCUCAUUUGUUUUGUCCAUGAAUCUGAGACUUGGUUGUGACUUUGUGGGGCAACCCACCCAGCCCCCAUCAUCACUCUUUUCCUGGAAAACUCAAAGGCAGCAGCUAGGAAGCCCUGAGCAUAGUCAGGCCAGUCAUUGGCUGGGAUCUCAGAUUGUCAGCCACAACAUACACAGGCGGACUCCGUGUAGCCUGGCUUUCUCACCACACAGUGACCUGGUUUUUACAGGAGACCCCCAAGAAAACUGGAUUUAUUUUCGAAUGACCUAGGCUUGAAAAUCCCAUGACCUCACAUCUACCACACUCUACCAGCCAGUGAGUCACAGGCUCCGACAACAUCGUAGCAAAACUGUCCUGACCGUGUGGUUCUGGAAGAAAAACGUCCAGCGCUUUGGCCUUGUUGAGGCAGGGCCUCCUGCCGCCGAGGUUGACCUUAAAGCCAGACCGUCAAACAGUAGAUGAACUCCUGAUCCUCCUGCCUCCACCUGUGAAGCACUAGGAUGACAGGCUCCUCGCGUGUUUGGCGCCCCACAAAAGGCUGGGCUUGUAAGGAUGGGUGGACCGAAGCCAGCGUAGCUCAGUGCGCAGGGGCCCUGGACCAGAGAAGCAAGCUGAAGCCAGAGGUCCGCAAAGGUCCCUGUCCCUGCAGGAGGGUGGGGGUGUGGGGGUGGGGGUGGUUGUUGGCCGGGUCGGCAGGGGGCGCGCGAGGAGCAGGGCGGGGCUGCACCUGUGCUGCUGGCUGCUGGAGAUGGGGAGGGGAGCGGCGCCAGAAGCAGCUGCGCGCCCCGCCCCGCGGGCUCCUCCCCGCCGCCGCGGCCCCUUUGCUGCUGCCCCGAUGCGCUGUGCCCGAAGCCUGGACCCAGUAGUCAUCAGAGCAAUUGGGGCACCCAGGCUGUCGCCGCCGCUGCCCACACCCCUCGCGGACCCCAUUGGCCGCAUGGAGUCUCCCGAGGGCGCAGGUCCGGGAGAGAUCACUAAAGAAGUCAAGGUACCACAGGCUGCCCCGAGUGUUCCAGCUCAUGAGACGGGGGACACUUGCCAUACGCCUGUGGCGGCGGUGGAGGAGGAAGUUGGCAUCCCAAUACCAGCACCAGGGUUCCUGCAGGUCACGGAGAGGAGGCAGCCUCUGAGCAGUGUCUCCUCUCUGGAGGUUCACUUUGAUCUCCUGGACCUCACUGAGCUGACCGACAUGUCUGACCAGGAGCUGGCCGAGGUCUUUGCGGACUCUGACGACGAAAAUCUUGCCACUGAGUCCCCGGCAGGUCUGCACCCACUGUCUCGGGCCAGCUGCCUACGCUCGCCGUCCUGGACGAAGACAAGGGCGGAGCAGAACCGUGAGAAACAGACCCCCAGUGACCCAGAGCGGCAAGGGACAAUUGUGGACACAUUCCUCACUGUGGAGGAGCCCAAGGAAGAUUAGCCCAUCUCCUGUUCUGGAGUUGCUGAAGGGCUGGGCCAGACCACCAUAAUGGCACCAUGGGACAGUACUGGCACGAGAGGCACUCUGCCAACUCUAAGACUCCAGCCAUCAAUCACCCCCUGACAACGUGGCAAAGUCCAGGUGCCAGGCUUAGGCCUCUGGGCGCCCUGGCACAAGCACAGCCCAGUGGCCUUAGGUCCAGCUGGCUCCUGGACCCUAAAUGAGGGAUGACAUCGAAUGGAGUCUCUGCCUUGGGAUUAGAGAAGGGACAUUCAGUGGUGACCUAGAGUCUUAUCAAAACGUGUCUCUGGGACAAGACCUUUUGUCUCUUGUGAGAUUCCAAGUAGAUUCAAAGUAAGGGUUCCAAGCCCACGAGAGCUGCCCAGGAACCUGUAGGCGUUUUAUCUCCAAUGCCAAUGAGCUCAAAAGCUCAGAGUAGAUUUGGUGGUAGGUCAGGGGCUGGCUCUGCUGUCCAGCCAAGUGGCAUUGGUGGGUGUUGCUUCCCUAAGAUCUCCACCUUGACCUUUAAACCCUUCUUCUGCCCUAGGCAGGCAAGUCUGUUUCCAGUCUCCGCCCCAGGCCCUCGCUGUUCUGUGGGUGACAUGUGAAAGGCUGAGAAACUGCCCCAUGUCUUCCUUAGUUCAGAACAUCCAACCUCAGUGGUGACUCCCAGAUGGCUCGGAAGGACAGAGUGCCAUCUCCACAGUCCUGUGUCUGUCAGAGAGGCACACUGUCUGUCCUUCACAUCCCACUGCCUGGCCUGACCACCCACAUAGCCUGUCAGAUGUUCAGUUGGGAGGCCCCGACACUGUGGAGCUGUCUCAGGAGCAGCUCAGGUAGCAGGGACGACCUAGCCCCCCCGCUGUGCUCUGAGACGCUGGGCACUCAGUUUAGACUCUCAACAUGCCUUUCAUGUGCACGAGGACAAAGCACACUGGCUGCUCUGAUCACGAAUCAAAGACUGGUUUUGAAAUAAAGGUUUACUUGCUUUUUGUCCCUA